AUGAAGCGAAAACACUUCGAGAGUUUUUCACAUGCUAAAAACCCAUCAUCAACAACGAACGUACUCGAACAUUCGAAAACCAUCAAGACCAAACAACAACAGCUUACGAACCGAAUUCAACUUCCAUUUCAAAUAUUUGAUAUUGAUGAAAUUGUUGCAUGGAUUUUACAAUUCAUGACCACCACGGAUUAUUUUGUAUAUUUACGAUUCGUCAAUCGAUGUUUUCAUAGACUCAUUGAAGAAGGAAUAUUAUCUGGAUUAAUAUUCAAAAACAUUACAUUGGAUAAUUCCUCUUUUCUCACGCAUCAUGUUCACUCGGAACAUAAUGAUCAAGUUUCACUCGAAUCUGUAACCAUUCAACACAUUCUCCAAGAAUAUUCUCAAAAGAAAUCAAAAAGAAUUUCAAAAAAUUCAAAACAAUCGUUGACAAGUCUUACAUCCAAACGAUUGUUGCACAUCAUUUCAAACCAUUCUUUUGCUAUUCAGAGUUGGAAAUGUGCCUAUGGUGUUCGAGAAAUGACAUUACAAGUUUUUGAAAAUUUAAUUGAAAAGUGUCACAAUUUGCAAGAAAUUUUCAUUGAAUCUUCACAAUUGGAAAGUAUCAAGAUGGAUCCAAAAUCACUUCCUCAGUUACAAAGUUUCACGUUGGUAAUGCGAUCAUUUUCAUUUCGAGAAUUAAUAUUUGGAGAAGAAAAUUCAAAAGCAAACGACGACGACAUGAAUUGUUUUGAACAUUUACAAACAUUGUCCAUUACUAUUCAUCGAUCCGACGAUUCGUUUAAGACUCUUUUCACUCAUGCUAAACUCUUUCCUAACCUUGUACAUUUUACGUUUCACACAGCUGCCAAUAGUUCUCUUUCCUCUCAUCAAAUAAUAACAAUAUCGAGAAGCAUGAUCCAUCUUUGUACGCCGAAUCUCGAGACAGUUUCAAUACGAUCUUACAGCAAACGUUUCAUGUUGAAUGGACAAUUCGAUCAUUUGCGUUCACAGAAAUACGACGGAAUGAUGCAACAUGUCAAGUUAUUGAAUUUGGAACAUUUGAAAAGUUUGACAGUCCUUGUUGUGUCAUGUACUCAUGCCAUCAUUCCAUCUUUAUUUAUUUAUAAUUGCCCUGAUUUGAUUCAUGUAAAUUUACCAAUGGGUGCCAAUGCAUUGUGUCCCAUUACGAAAUUCAUGUUGAGUCAUUUGAAAGAACUCGAGUUGGAUGUUGCAGAAAUGAUUCAUGACACUCAUGUAGAAAACAAUGACAAUAGGUCAAUAACAACCUUACCACUAACAUGGAUGUCGAUCCUUCGAGACCAAUCGAACCUCCCUUCGUUACAACAUCUUCAUUUAUAUUCUUCUUCGGAUGAGACCAUUCAGAGUUUAGAAUUGAAAGGUUUUAAAAGGUUAAAGUCUCUCUCCAUCGAAUUGGAGAAUUUAGACUUGACUUUGAAAAAUAUGAAAAAACUGAGAGAAUUUAACAUUUCAUGUAAGAAUUUGAAACUACAUCUUUACAAAUGUCGUAUGAUGACAGAGAAGGAAUUGGAUCAUAUUUUGGACACGUCUCGAUUCAUUUCAUCCUUAACUGUUAGCAAGUGCUCUGAAUUACGAAGACUGGAUCUGUCAAAAAACAGCUCUGGUCGAUAUUUGAAACAUUUCAAAAUUAACAAGUGUCAAAAUUUGGAAUGGUUGUGUUGUGAUUCAUCAAGAACGACGAGUGGAGAAGUGAAAAACUGUACGAAUCUUAAAUUUAUUAAGGCCAAACAGUUCUCUAUCAACACUUCACAACAUCCCACCCGAUCCAUCAACAAGAUGCUUCUUGUCACAAAUUUACAUCCCAAACUCGAAAUAAUGAAUCAAUAA